GAGCGGUAGGUGGCGGUGAUACGGCAAAAGAUGAAUACCCACCUCCGUGAAACUAGGAGAAGAAGAAGGACACUUUACCCCGGCUUUUCCGCCACAAUUUAAACGGACGUCUGUCACUAGUGGUUGUCAUGGGUGAUAACCCUCAAAACGAAAGGCUUGCUUUGUUUACACUCUACGCAUAUAUGUAAACAAUUAGCAAACACGGCUCAGAUUAGAGUAAACACGGAAUUGUUCUUUCGUGGUAGCACCCUAUUGCUAAUGUCGUUAGCCAUUUAGCUUUAAAGCUAACCAGAAGCAGCUGAAAUAAUGUCUCUGCCUCCAGAGAAAGCUUCCGAGCUGAAGCAGAUCAUCAACAACCACCUUCUCAAGAUGGAUAUCCAUGGGAAGAUUCGGGAGGUGUUGGCUGAGACUCUGAAGGAUGAUAAAGGGCAAUCACAUCAAUCUCUGUCUGAGGCCACUUUUCUCCGUGCUCUGCAGAGCAGGGGUAUCAUUGAUGAUGUAAUGAAGGACCUCCGCUUAACUCAGGACGCACCCACAGAUGCAGAAAAAGGACUUCCUCCAAAGCCUGGGGCUAACUUUGUCAACAAAGAUAUCACUGCUGAAGAGCUAAAGCUGAAGCAGCUGAAGAAAUCCAAUGUUAAUCCAUUACGGCGUUACCUGUAUCUCCAAGUACUUGGAGGGAAGGCGUUUCUGGAGCACCUCCAUGAGCCAGAGCCUUUACCAGGUCAAGUGUUCUCUACGUUCACACUCUACUUGCACUUCCGCAACCAGAGGUUUCGCUCAAAGCCAGUGCCUUGUGCCUGUGAUCCCAGCCUGGAGGAGGGCUUCCUCUUAGAGAUCCACAGAGAUGGCAUAGGAGAGGGCAAUAAAAUGGCAGAUGCUACAGAGUUGCUGUCCGUAUGUGACCCGGUUCAUUUGGUGCUGAUCAAGACGAACACCUCCAGUGAGACGACACUGGUCUCAUCCUACUUCCUGGACUGGAGGACAGUCCUCAGCACAUCCUCUGGAAAGACCUGCUUUGCUGUAGAGCUUAUGGGAGUUGGAAGUGAAUGUAAAGUCCCAGCUGGUGUUUUGACAGUCAGCCUGGAGCUCUACCCUCCUCUCACAGAGACUCUGAGCACUGACAUCAUCAGCACACAGCAAUCACUGGAGAGGCAUAGGACGGCAGAGAAGGAGAGGCUCUUCCUGGUUUAUGCCAAACAGUGGUGGAGGGAGUUCCUGGAAAUACGACCGUCACACCAAUCCAAAAUGGUCAAGAUAUUUGCACAGGAUGAAAACGGCAUCAACAGACCAGUAUGUUCCUAUGUGCGUGUUCUGCGGGCCGGCCGGCUGCUGGAGAGUCCUAGACAGGCAGCCCGCUUCGUCAGCCUGCUGGCCCAUGAGAAAGCCCCAGUGGUGGGAGGAGGAGGAGGCAAACAGGAGCAGUGGUGCACGUUAAUGGCUUUCCUGUGCAGAGGAAAGGGGGAUUGUGAAGACCAUGCCACCCUACUGUGCAGCCUCCUGCUGGGCUUUGGCCUCGAUGCAUAUGUGUGUGUGGGCACCAAAGCCAGGGGAGUGGCACACACUUGGGUUCUGACUCGGGGCUGUGAUGGAAGCAUUACUUUCUGGGAAAGCCUGACAGCACACAGAUACCUCCAUCGGGCCAUAGACCCAGAUGGUGCACCUUUGUCCCCCCAGCCCAAACCAUCGUCCCCCUACCGCACUGUGGGCUGUGUCUUCAACCACCAGACCUUCCUCGCCAACUGCCAGCCAUCCGAUGCAGUGGAACUCUGUGUCUUUGACUUCCAGAAUCAAUCUCGAUGGAAGGCGAUGAGUGAAGAGGCUCUGAAGUCUGUCUGUGCCCCGGGCUCCACCACCUCUCUGCCACCUCUGCCUCCACUCUGUGCUCCAUCUCUGGAACCUGCUGCUUGCAGCAACCAGCUGGAGUUAGAAAUGCGUUACCUGAUUUCUGAGCACAGAAAGGACCUGGAGCUGGCAACAGUGUGGGACGACCACCUGUCCUACCUGCUGUCCUCCGCCUUAUCGGCCUACGAGCUGGAGCGCUGUACCGGUGUGUCCUGUGGCAACGAGGAGUUCCAGGAUGCACUGAGGAGGGCGCUGGCAGAUGGACACACCUUCAAAGGCUUCCCCAUACAUUUCUUGCACCACAACGCCCGCAGAGCGUUUGCCACCUGCCUCAGUUCAGGUGGUUGGUGGCCCGGGCAGAGCAGGACCAGCUGGCUAGCUGUACAGGGCACCAAAGUGCCCUCUGACCUCCCCAGCUGGUGGGGGAGCCAGGCCAACAGGGCACGGCCAUAAAUCCACAGACACAGAGCAUGUGGAGACAUUCUGGAGGCAAACACAUCACCUGCUGCCUGCUGGCACACUGUCUCCCUCACUGGCCUCCUUCACCACAGUGCCUUUGCUCGCUGUCAAGUGCAAAUUGUUCCCAUGGAAAUAGAGAGAAACACAGCGUUUUUUUUAUUAAAUGGGGGUGUUUUUAAACAAUAGAGGUCAGGUUGUCAGGUAACAUCUCCUGGCAGUUUAUAACACAGCUAUCCAUACGAUGUCUGUCAGUCAUCUACUAUUUCUGUCAGGGGGGGGCGACAGGUCAAGCAAGAUGGUAAAUGGUACAUGCUCUGUAUUUAUAUAGCUCCUUUCUUUACACCACAGUUUCUGCCAUUCACCCAUUCAUACUCGGUACGUUUGCAUGACGACUAUCCUUCUAUACAAGCACUAGUGGAGACUAUGUGGCAGUACGCCCCCUGUCAGCUUGUUAGUAUAUGUAGUAGCAUAUCUACGUAUAUGCAGUGCUUUUUCUAUCACACAUCUAUUAGAAAAUAUCAUCACACUCACUAGCUUUUAACUUGGGGUUAAAUGACCCUCUCUAACUAUGGCUGUCCCCGCAGCAUUGACUCGCUCUUGGAAGCAUCCUCAGGCCAUGUGAGGUUAGAUUGUUUCUCCAGUAUUUUCUGGGUCUGCUUCGGGAGCCACCUGCCAGUCAGACAUGCCUGAAGAACCUUCACAGGAAGGCAUCAGAUUAGACCGCAAAUUGGCUCCUUUCAACAGGAAAAAGAAGCAGCAGCUCUCCUUGAUCACACUGUGUCUGAGUCCUGCCACCUUACACAGUGACCCCUUGUUUUCACAGUCUCAUUCUUGCAGUCACAAGGUUUGAACAUCACCCGAUUAGAAAACCGAAACUUCCUCUUCUGGCUCAGUUCUCUCUUUAGUGCCGCGGUCCAGUCCUAAGGCUGCAUCACUGCUGACACCACACAGAUCCAGCUGUC